AUGCUGCUUAUUUCCUUCGAGAACACACUCCUGCAAUCCAUCCUCACAGAGCGCCUGCUCGCGAACCCUCCGCUGCCUCCGAGCUCGAUUGAUCAGAUCGCUUCCGACUUUGAUGGGGUGACAUUCCAUAUCUCGACCCCUCAGUCAAAGACCCAGAUCCUGGUCUCGUUGUCCGUCAAGUGCUACCGAGAGCUCGUCACAUAUGGUGCAGAGGAAGUGCUACAGCGGGAGUAUGGCGCCUACAUCACUCAGCCCGAGGCUGGCUACGACUUCAGCAUCCUGAUCGAUCUCGAGAACCUUCCUCCGUCUCAGGAGGAGAGGGAAGAGCUGGUACGCCGGGUCGCCCUUCUUAAGCGCAAUGUCAUGGCUGCCCCCUUUGAGAAGGCGUUUGAGGAGUUUGACCAGUUGUCUGAAGAGGCUGCGAAGUAUACCUCCGAGUCUGCGCCUCAGGGUGUGGCAGAAGGUGGUGAGGUCAAAGCGAUCCACUACCGUGAGGAAGAGGCCUUUUACAUCAAGGCAUCUCACGAUCGCGUGACUGUCAUCUUCAGCACUCUGUUCAAGGACGAAGUCGACAGGAUCUUUGGCAAGGUCUUCCUCCAGGAGUUCGUGGAUGCGCGACGAAGAGCUAUCCAGAAUGCACCACAAGUGCUCUUCCGGUCAGAUCCGCCGCUCGAGUUGCAAGGGAUGCGCGGUAUAGGCAAUACUGGCGAGAAGGGUGAAAUGGGAUUUAUCACUUUCGUCUUGUUCCCACGCCACCUGAAGAAGUCUCGGCGGGCCGAGAACAUCAGCCACAUCCAGACGUUUAGAGACUACUUCCAUUAUCAUAUCAAAGCCAGCAAAGCCUACAUUCACAGCCGAAUGCGGCGGCGGACUGCUGACUUCCUGCAAGUCCUCAACAGAGCCCGUCCAGAGAAUGAAGAGCGCGAGCGUAAGACUGCCAGUGGCCGCACAUUCAGGGUGCAAGGAUAG